AUGACUUUCUGGGACCAGAUCACCUAUGCGGCCGAGAAAGCUGUAAAGAUUCUGAGUAGGCUCAUGACCAACGUCGGUGGACCCGCGGAGGGUAAGCGCCGAGUCCUCAUGUACGUGACGAACUCAGUUAUGCUCUACGGUUGCGAGAUCUGGACGGAUGCCUUGCGGCAGAAGCGCUACGGGAGGAAUGUCGUGACGGUGCAGAGGAGAGGUGCUCUCCGGAUUUCAUCUGCCUAUCGUACCGUUUCUGAGGCGGGCCGUCCUUGUGAUUUCGGGGGUAAUCCCAUCGAUCUUCUUGCUCUUGAGCGGAAGCGUGUCUACGAUGGGAAUAGCACU